AGAGUUCACUGCUCAUUCUUUCUUCAUAGUUGCAGCCGUCCAGGUAUACAAGCAUGGAGAGCUCAAAGCCUCACGCAGUACUCCUAGCCAGCCCUGGUUUGGGUCACCUCAUCCCCGUCCUGGAGCUCGCCAAACGCCUGGUAACCCAUCAUGGCUUCCACGUUACUGUCUUCGCAAUCGCUGCCUCUGCGUCACCUGCAGAAUCCCAGUCUCUCGGUUCUGCUGCCAGUUCCAAGCUCCUACACGUAGUUGAACUUCCCCCAGCCGACAUAUCCAGCCUAGUUGAUGCCGAUGCAGCGGUCUUUACUCGGAUUGUUGUCAUGAUGCGCGAGACCAUACCGAGCUUCCGGGCAGCCAUCUCCGCGAUGAAGUUUCCUCCUUCGCUUAUGAUUGUAGACUUUUUUGGAUUUGAAGCGCUUGAAAUACCAGAAUUUGAUAUGCCCAAGUACACUUUUGUGCCUUCAAAUGCGUGUCUUCUGGCCCUGACGUUGUAUGUGCCAACUCUAGAUGUGGAGGUGAAAGGAGAGUAUGUAGAUAGAGCAGAACCGCUUCAGUUACCCGGUUGCAAACCUGUUCGGCCAGAAGAUAUGGUUGAUCCGAUGCUGGAGAGGAGGAAUCAGCAGUACCUCGAGUACAUGCGCAUGGGAGUUGGGAUCACUAAGGCUGACGGAAUUCUGUUGAACACAUGGGAGGAUCUGGAACCCACUACGCUUAAAGCCCUAAGAGAUCACAAGGCAAUGGCCCAGUUCGCUAAGGUACCUAUCUACCCCAUUGGUCCACUCACAAGGCCGAUCGGAAAAGAAGAAGCGAGGAGCGAGUUGUUGGAUUGGCUAGACCUUCAACCCGCUGAUUCGGUUAUUUAUGUAUCUUUUGGGAGCGGUGGAACACACUCAUCGGAGCAACUCGCGGAGUUGGCGUGGGGAUUGGAGCUGAGCCAGCAAAGGUUCAUUUGGGUGGUCCGCCCGCCCAUCGAAAACGAUCCAUCAGGGUCAUUUUUCACAACAGGAAAGGGAGGGGGUGAGCACCCAUCAGAUUACUUGCCAGAAGGGUUCCUGACCCGGACCAAAAAUGUGGGAGUGGUGGUGCCGCUGUGGGCACCACAAGUGGAGAUCCUCAGCCAUCCAUCGGUGGGAGGAUUUUUAUCUCAUUGCGGGUGGGGUUCCACAUUGGAGAGCAUACUCAGUGGGGUGCCGAUGGUCGCAUGGCCGCUCUACGCAGAGCAACGAUUGAAUGCUACCAUGCUGACGGAGGAGCUGGGAAUUGCAGUCCGGCCGGAGGUGUUGCCGACAAAGAGGGUGGUGAGGAAGGAGGAGAUAGAGAAGAUGGUGAGAAAGGUUAUGGAAGAGAAUCAUUCGAGGGAGAGGGUAAAAGAAGUGAUGAACAGUGGAGAGAGAGCUUUAAGAAAGGAUGGGUCCUCCUAUAACUCACUCUCACAAGUAGCUUCCGCUGCAAUUUCCUUUCAUAAGAGUACAGGAGCCCCGUGAAGCAUUGCCGUUAGAAUUUACCUUAUCAGUUUGAUGGUGUUUUAGCGUGUGGCUCAUAAUGGGGAAAUAAAAAGGACCAAAUGUUGGAGUCGAACGACGGUUUAAGGGUAUUUUUUGAAUUUUAUUAUAUAUUUAAGAAUUAGUAUAAAUACCUUUUUAUGUAAUCCUAAUUUUAUAUAUAGUAAAAGUCUUCUUUUCCGUUCCUAUGGACGUAGACAAUCCGUUGAAUCA